AUGUCUUCGCUCUUCGAGGCUGUCCUUCAGUCCGAGGCCGAAUCGAAUGGAGGCCCCCGCGCACAAUGGCCUCAAUCAGACCACCCUUCAAGCUCUCGCCCACAACUGCCCUCAGAGAGCAAUGGGCCGAUGAGCGAUAUGCAAGCCCUGCCAGAUGACGAAGUUGUCGGCACAGCAAACGGUGCCGUCAACCGUCUGCGGAAUCCGUAUGCAACUGCGCCGACCCCAGUGCGUGAUGUGGCUGGCGAGAAGGUGCAGCAAGCCUUUGAAGAAUUGCUAGAGACCUUUAUCGAAGACCCAAUGUCCUCGGCGCCCCCUCCAUCCUCGGGCCAGUACUUCAGCGACAAGUACUACAUCGCACAAAUCCAUGGAAUGUCGCGAUUCGAGCUUUCCACGCUGUAUGUGGAUUACACCCAUCUGACCUCAGCCGACAACCAGAUUUUGGCAGAUGCCAUUGCAAACCAAUAUUACCGCUUUCAGCCAUUCCUGAUUCGAGCUCUUCACAAUCUCAUUGCCAAGUAUGAGCCUGAAUAUUUUGCGUCCCACCGCCAGCCGAGCAGCAAUUCCUCGCAGCCUAGUGCGUCGGUCGCUGCCGCCAAUGCAAGCGCCAGCGAUACCCAGAGUGGGGAGCGAUCAAUGCAACAAAAGACACGCCACCAGCAGACCGACAGAGUGUUCUCAUUGGCAUUCUAUAAUCUGCCGCUUGUUUCCCGGCUGCGCCAAUUGCGAACAUCACACAUUGGAAAACUACUUUCUAUCUCCGGAACCGUGACGAGAACAUCGGAGAUUCGGCCAGAGCUGUCUUCAGGCACGUUCAUCUGCGAGGCAUGCAGAACGCCAUGCCCUAAUAUCGAGCAGACAUUCAAAUAUACCGAGCCCUCUCAAUGCCCCAACACAACCUGUGGAAACCGCGUGGGUUGGCGGCUUGACAUUGGCAAAAGUACUUUCGUUGACUGGCAAAAAAUAAAAUUGCAAGAGUCGUCUCAUGAGAUCCCCACAGGCAGUAUGCCUCGUACAAUGGAUAUCAUUGUCCGAGGAGAAAUGGUCGAUAGAGCAAAGGCCGGUGAAAAGUGUAUCUUCACGGGUACGUUGAUUGUCGUUCCUGAUGUCAGCCAACUCGGCUUGCCAGGUGUACGGCCAGAGGCAAACCGCGACAACGGCGCGUUCCGAGGUGGUGACGUUGGAGGAGGAGGGGUUUCUGGUCUCAAGUCUCUGGGUGUGAGAGACUUGACUUAUCGUCUUGCUUUCCUCGCUUGCAUGAUCACACCCGACUUGACAACCCCUGGCCAGCCAACCAACCAGCAGCUUAGUGGACAGUCUCAUAACAUUUUGGCUUCACUGAAUCAGCACGAUCAAUCGUUUGACGAUGAUGAGCAUGCGCAAGAGGCUUUGCUGCAGACCAUGACCCCGGCCGAGGUUCAGGAACUGAAACAGUUGGUCGAGAGUGAGCACGUCUACCAACGGUUAGUGAACUCGCUAGCCCCCAUGAUAUAUGGCCAUCAAUCGAUCAAGAAGGGUCUGCUUUUGCAAUUGAUUGGAGGUGUUAGUAAAAGCACGGAGCAAGAAGGCAUGCAACUCCGUGGUGAUAUCAACAUCUGUAUUGUUGGCGAUCCCUCGACAAGCAAGAGCCAGUUUCUAAAGUACAUCUGUUCCCUCCACCCACGAGCUGUGUAUACUAGCGGUAAAGCUUCAUCGGCUGCUGGUUUGACUGCUUCGGUUGUCAAAGACCCGGAGACUGGAGAAUUCACUAUCGAGGCCGGUGCCUUGAUGUUGGCUAACGGAGGAGGUAUAUGUGCUAUCGACGAAUUCGACAAAAUGGAUCUUGUGGACCAGGUCGCCAUUCACGAAGCUAUGGAGCAGCAGACGAUUUCGAUUGCCAAAGCCGGAAUCCACACAACUCUCAAUGCGCGAGCAUCCAUUCUCGCUGCAGCGAACCCUAUCGGUGGUCGGUAUAACCCAAAGACUACACUGCGAGCCAAUCUGAAUUUGAGUGCUCCUAUCAUGAGUCGUUUUGACUUGUUCUUCAUUGUUCGCGAUGAGCCUAAUGAGCAAGUUGACCGCAACCUGGCCACCCACAUUGUCAAUGUCCACAUGAACAGAGAUGAAGCUGUUGAACCCGAGAUUAGCACCGAGCUGUUGCAGCGCUAUAUUCGACUGGCGCGUACCUUCAAGCCUGUCUUUACCGAAGAGGCAAAGGCGGUUUUGGUCGAAAAGUACAAGGAGCUGAGGGCCAAUGAUGCUCAAGGAGGAAUCGGAAGAUCCUCAUACCGCAUCACUGUGCGUCAGCUGGAAUCGCUCAUCCGUCUUUCCGAGGCUGUAGCCAGAGCAAACUGUGUCGAGGAGAUUCUUCCGCGGUUUGUGCGUGAAGCGUUCAACCUUCUUCGCCAGAGUAUCAUCACUGUUGAGAAAGAUGAUAUCGAUGUCGAAGACGAGGCCGAUGAAGAAGCUGCUGCUGUUGCUGCCGCCGCCGCUCAUCAGGAUGGCGACGAUGAAAUGGCAGAAACUCGUGACCGCGACGGCGACAGCCCCAUGGGCGAUGAGGAAGAAGCAGCUACAACGACCACCCGCCAAAAGACAAAGAUUACAUACGACAAAUACAUGAAGAUCCUCAACCUCCUCGUCCGUCGUAUCAACGAAGACGAAGCGAAAAACGGCGAAGGUGUCGAGCAAGACGAGCUGGUGACGUGGUACUUGGAACGCAUCGAGUCUGAGAUGAACUCGCAGGAUGAUCUGAACAGGGAGCGCGAGCUUGCGCACAAGGUGUUGAAGCGGAUGGUCAAGGACAACAUCCUCAUGCCUAUUCGUGGCCAGGGCCUGACGAAUGAAGACCAACCGGAGGAUUCUACGAACAGAGUCAUCUACGUGCUUCAUCCCAACUGCGCGCUCGAGGAAAUAGAACUGUAA